UCCUUCGGAAGCCGACUUCGUUUCCGAAGCAGAUCUCAUCCUCGUUUCUUCCUCACUCCGUACCAUCUCUUCCUCUACCUCUGCACUCCCGAAUCCUGCUCCGCUCCCAACUUCUAGGGUGUUCCAAUGGCAGAAUCAAAACCAGCAUUGAGGCCACCAGUUUUCACCAAGGUUGAUCAGCUUCGCCCUGGCACUAGUGGACAUACUCUUACUGUGAAGGUUGUUAGCACAAAGAUGGUGUUGCAAAAGGGACGUGCUGUUGGUCCUCAUGUGCGCCAAAUGCGUAUUGCUGAAUGCUUGAUUGGUGAUGAAACUGGAAUGAUUAUCUUUACAGCCAGAAAUGAACAAGUUGACUUGAUGAAAGAAGGUACCACUGUGAUCCUUCGCAAUGCUAAAAUUGACAUGUUCAAGGGAUCAAUGAGGCUUGCUGUUGAUAAAUGGGGUCGUGUUGAUUCGUCACCUGAACCCGCUAGCUUCACUGUAAAGGAAGAUAACAAUCUCUCAUUGAUCGAGUAUGAACUGGUGAAUGUUGUUGAAGACUAGAGUGACUUCCCUGGAGGCUGUUUACUUCGCUUCUAUGUUGUUAACCAAGAAUAAUUCAACCCCAGCAAAGAAUUUUAAUGUUGGCCAUGCGACAUCUCAUAUCCAAGAUGCUUGUCCAAGUUCGCCUUUAGUAAGAAGAAUUCUGGAGGCUAGUUUACUACUCAAGUUUCUUCUUACCUUGCAGACCCGGCAGGACCCUUUUGUUGGACCUCCAACAGAUGGUUGUCUGUUUAUUGUUGAGUUGAAACAGCUAGCUUGCGAGACUUGCUUAUGUUUCUUUAUUAGCAUUUUGUUUAUGGACGAUAACUGUUCUCUGGCUAUUAGGUCAUACUGGAAGACUUUAAUAUUAAGUAACUUAUGCUUUUAUAGUUUUGUAUAGUUUUCGUCUUUUCCGAUUUUUCAGCCUGUUUAAUCUUUGUAAGUGUUUCUUAAGUUAUAUCCAGGUGUUGUGUCCGGUACUCCGGUUCUCUGCUAUUCCACAUCUUCUUUGAUAUGACCCUGUUUAUCUCAAGUUUCUCCUAGGUAAAACUACAAAUUGUUUAUAAAAUUUUAAUUUAUGA